UCAUUCACCGCCAGUGUCGGUGAGUACGUCGAGCAGCCACUUGACGUCGGCACAAGGGGCCCUCUUCAGCACUGACAUGACCUCCAUCCUCUCGUGUCCCAUCGCAACGGCAUCCCGAGCAGUACUCAGCAUCUGAACGAAACAAGGAGACUGUCGCGCCGGCAAAGGCGGUGCCAAUUCACCUGCAUGCGCAAGAAUGAUGGCAUGGUGGCAUCGUCGAAGGGAACGCUCAUGCUUUCGGCAUCUUGUCCCUCGCUCUGGUGUCUUGACACGGAUCUGCUGCGGCCCCUUCCCCUUCGCUGCGUUCGCCGAUCACGCGUGUGUGUUUUCUGGACGGGCUUGGUUCUCGAUGGCUUGAUGGACAUGCGCUCGUAGAAGGAUGUCAUCUCACCUGAAUGAAGCGCGGGGAGAGACAGAUUUGUGGGAAGGGUUUGUCGUGUAACGUCUGGGUGGUGUGCCUGGUAGUGAGUUGAGGACAUCGGCUGCUAUGUUGGGCCCUCGGGAGGGAUGGCGGUGCAGAGAUACUGACACACAGACACAUAUGGAUUGAGCAUGCAUAGAUAGGACGUGGCAUGCAGAUUUGUGUGACAACAACAAGGAAGGAGGUGCGUUGUGCCUUUCUGCUUCUCCACUCACCUCUGUCUGAUGCCUGCCGCAUCUCAAUGAUUUUCGCAUCCAAGCCGUCGCCACUCUUCAUGCCACCGUGGUCAGUACAGACUGAGGACAGCCAGACAGAGGUAAGUAAGAGGCAAGUCAUCACAUCACAUCACACAAGCUGCUGCUGCUCGCCUUUGCAACGAGUUCUGCUGCUCUCCUACUUCCUACCUAUAGUGAUGGAUAGAGGCAGGUCAACGGUUUUCUGUAUCUCUUCCUUCGUCAGGUCCCAAUCAGAAAGGUCGCUGCAGCACAGCACGACAAAUACGCUUGUUUGCACUCAUGACACUCAUGAAUGGAGGCUUUGUUGUGUUUGUUGCACACCCGUCCGUAAGUAUGAGCAAGACCCAGUACUUCUCGGUGUGCUGUUCUGUGGCAGCCCAGCUGCCUGCGAUGCUGACGAUAUGCCUCAGCAGUGUGGGGCCGGAAAACCACGUGUGCUUGAGGGCGUGACGGUACGCCUGCAACACACCUACAUGCAUCCAUGGCCAUGGAGGGUGGGAGCGAACGUACAGGAAAAGCGAUCGAUACACUGAUUGCCUCACGCAUGUGGCCCGCCUUGUUACAUGUGGUAUCAUACCUUGUGCCCCCCUGACCAUGGGGCUGAAGUAGCAGCCCUUCAGCGAGAAACAGUGCGAUGUGUAGCUGGAGGGCGGCAGCCUGUCAGGACACACAACACAACACAACCCACGCACAAACAAGACACAUGGACUCAGCCGAGAGGUAAGCUGAAAAACACGCAGGCAGAUUCGCUUCCUUUCUUUACUUGCUUCCAAAUCCGUACGGAGCGAUGAGGCCAUUAUCUGCGGUUUCCGGCCGCACACAGAGGACGUGUCUCUCUCUGAUGCGUGUAUAUGUGGAUGUACCCAGGUAGCGGUGCAUGACCGUGGCCACUUCCUCCACGCACUGCUCAUAAGCGUUGCCGCCCUCCUCCUCAUAUCGGUGCAGCGACGCACCGUUGACUGGCGGCCUGUUACUCUGCGUCAUGUCGAUGGCCACCAAGAGACCCAACUUCACACCCGAGUGGAUAAAAUCCAGGAAAGUCACUCUGCAAGCACACGACAGAGAGAGAACACACAGGAUCUUCCACAGACGCACAAUGAUCGUGUCUCUUCUUUUGCAUGGUGUGUAUGAUGGUUCCCACCGCUUCUCGAAUUCGAUUUUCUCUAUCUGCGCUUUGGCCUGUGUACGAUGAAGGCCAUUGCGCUGGCUCAGUGCGAAGACAGAGGCUUUGAUGGAUAUGCUAUACGCCAGACAGACAGACAGACAGACGCGGUGAUAAUUCUUCCCACCCAAUGUUGCUUCCUUCCCAUCCACCCACCCGGCGACAGAGCAUUUCUUGAGAGCACCGCAUGUGACCAUCGCCACAGUCAGGUGCUUGCACAUCGGCUGCCGACACUUGCUGCACACACACACCCUCACAAUUAAUGGCAUCUCUCGGCUGGCUCGGUGCGUCCACGCAUCUCACGUUCGAUUUUCGAGCGCGCCUUCCUUGUCUGGUGGGACGUUGCUGGUGUGCAUGAGGAGGCCAACGCAGGUCUCGGGGCUGUAGACCGACUUGCCAUCCCAGUCGUGAGCCGAUACCACCCACUUGACCGGCAAAACUGCAUGGAAAGACGGCUGCCGGGCCGUCAACACCUCGCUGGUCAGCACAGGGUGGAAACAAGACGCUGCUCGCGAUGCGUCCACGCGGUCCAGGGCGUCUUCUGCGGCAUCAGGCCCUUGGUCCCUUAUCUGUUUCCGCAGCUGCUCGUCCACACACUUGCACACCGAGAUGACACAGCUGUCCCCCCGCCGGGCGAAGGGGGGGCGUAUGUGCAUGCUGAUGAGGUCGUUGCUGCCCUUGGCCUCCACGCAGCGGACAUCGAUCUCGAUGAGCUCGUCGUGCCUCUUAGCUUUGUGCUUGGCCCGCAUCGACACAAAGUAGUCAUCCUCAUCCUCGUCCUCCUCGCCUUCUGCCUCGUCUGCGUGGCGGGCAGGGGUGGCCUGGGUGGUGUGUGACGGCCGUAGGGGCAGAGUGAGGGUGCCGCUGGCCACCAGGUGAGACACCUCGCACUCAGCCUCAGCAGAGAACAGCCGCUCGCCUGACGGCUGGGAGGCGCUACUCUCCUCAUACAAAUCAAACCUAUACAUACAUGCGCACAGAAAGAAGGCGCAGUGGGAGUGACCCUUGCCCGAGCGCGUGCUCUGUGUGUCCCCCGGGUCCGCUUCCUCCGUCCGCAUGAAUGCAUUCACUCAUGCACCGUAGGUGUUGUGUGGCGUUGAAUCGGUAGAGGGCCACGGCGAGGGGCUGGAAGUCCAGGCUCUGCCGGUUGGUGUCCACAGACGCCUGUCUCGCGGGGCCCAGGGAAACCCACUCCCCCUCAUCAGAUUCUGGCGGACAGAAAGAGUUCAUGUGACCGUGCGUGCGAUGAUGCAAGGCGCACAUGGCUGACCUGUUCGGAUGGCCACGGCACAAAAUACACGCCGAAUGGAGCCUUUCUGUACGGUGGGGUCGAAACAGCUGACGGAGAGCUCAAUGCGGCUGGUAGCCUCGGACAGAUCGUCAUAUCCUUGGCGUCUGUCAGUCGCACAACCAGGCUUCUCAUCCGCAUCCGUGUUGUUGUCCUGGAGGUCUUCAUCGUCAUCCGGAGCGUAUGGCUUGACCUUCGACUUAUUCCUGCCGAGCACACCGCGGCGGCAACACACCUGACCCAUCGUUCUCGAGAAUAUAAGAGAGCCCGCCUUCGCUGAG